AUGGGGCAAAGUCCAAGCUCCGUCUGGAGCAAAAGCGGCCGCAGGAAUUCCUUUCGGCGGUUCAUAAGGCGGAGUAAAUUGAAUAAAUCCAGUUUGAGCCACACGUUCAAUUUGCCGCCUUCGGAAGAUUAUCCUGAGCUGAUGAACGUGAAUACAGCUACGGAGGAACAGCUGAUGACGCUGCCAGGAGUAAACAGGCAGCUAGCGCAAGAAAUAGUGCGGCAUCGCCGGAUAAUUGGGCGAUUCAAACGAGUGGACGACCUCGCACUCGUAUCAGGCAUAGGUGCUGAAAAACUAGAAUUACUUAGACCAGAAAUAUGCACAAAUAUACGAAAGCAGAUAUCAAGAGCAAGUUCGUGUUCCCAAUCGUUGGAUAGUGUUCGUGUACCAUCUGAAAGUAAACUGUGCUCAGUGAAUUCUUCCAGUGUGUUCCAAUUACAGUGUGUACCGGGCCUUAACCAAGAAAUAGCCGCUAAUAUAGUAGACUACCGUAACAAAAGAGGACCUUUCAAAUCCUUAGAUGAUCUCAUUAAAGUUCGUGGUAUCGAUAUUGUGAGACUAAGUGCUGUAAAACCUCAUUUAAGUUUAGAGCCCAGAAAGUGUGAAAGUGUUCAACUUUUAACGAACGGUCAUGUAAAUGGAUGGGCGGAAACGCCUACGACGCCAAAUGGGAUCUCGAGUACACCGAAAACGCCACACAGGAAAAGUCUUUCCAUGCCAACUAAUACUAAAUUCCAAAUGACUUUGCCAAAUGGUUUUGCAACAGUGCCCGUGAAUGAUAUCCUAGACUUAUUGUCUGCGUACUCCCAUAGGCCCGUAGUAGAAGAAGUAUUUUCGUAUGAAAGGGACGGAGUGAGAUGUUGUCGGCUCGCUUCUUGGAACCUGCAUCAGCUUAGCGUAGAGAAGAUAACGAAUCCUGGUGUAAGAGAAGUUGUGUGUCGGACGAUUUUGGAAAAUAAAUUAUCAUUAAUAGCCGUGCAAGAUGUGCUAGAAGAGGGUGCCUUGAAGAUCAUAUGCGACGAGCUCAACUCCCCCGUGUUGAGGCGGAUGCGAGAAUGGAAGUGCAACAGCCAUCGAUGGGAGUACUGCCUCUCUGAACGAAUAGAAAGCCAGCAGUUGGGCUUCAUAUACGAGUCGGUGAACAAAGGCAUCGUCAUCGAAGACAUAGAUUUAGACCAGGUGUGCCUUUUGACCGAAGCGAUCGAAGCUCGACAGCUAAUCAGCGAGUUGGCGUCGUUGACUAGUGAACGAUUUAUUGCUGCUCCACAAGCGUUCCUCAUGUGCAGUCGACCGCUUAUCGUGGUGAACAUGCUGUGUAAGGACACCUUGAACUCGGAAGACUCCACACGCUUGAGGAGCAUAUCAGAUUUAACAGAAAGCAGCCGCAUAGAACUGGUUUUUAUUGGUGAAUUUAGGAAUAGAAGUAACGUGCAAUCAUUCAAGACAUGUCAGUCGAUAUUGAACGAGGAAAUAGUUACCACAGUUGACGUCACAGCUACUGGCCAAAGCAGCAUCCUUUGCCCCGGGAUGUUAGAUAGUACUAAUUUCAACGGACACUCUGGUGCCAUCAAGACAGGAUUAAGCCAUUUAGCUAUACCCCGAGGCUGGUCCUGGGGAGGCCCUGCUUCUCCAUUCUGUCCAAUCUGGGCCGAGAUCAAAGUUCCAGAUUGA